AAUGGCUCAACGGUGCCAUCUAGUGGCGGUUUCCCUGAAUUUAGUUUUAGUGCUUGUUGUCAGUUGGGAGGAAAGACAGACGUCCUUUGCUGUUUAUGUAUGGUUGAAGACUUGGCUUGUUAGUUAGCCAUGUCUCGCUUUACCAGUGCCUUCAUUGCAUCUCCUUAUAGAAGUGAUCAGGCGCCAAAACCAACUGAUAAGAGGUGGAGUAGGCCUCCAGAGGGCCUUGUUGUACCCCAGGAUGUGGAGAGGGGGCUGGGGCCAUGGAGUAAGGACCAGGGGCCGCCCAGCUCAGACCCCCCUCUCCCCCCUCAGCUGUGGGGACCCAAACGGCAGCUAGGCCAGUCCAGCCCUGGACCCAGGGUUCCCAUGGAUACGGCUACCAGGUACAGGAUGACCAGCAGACAGCAGACAGGAACAGCUAUCCUGGUGCGUGGUUGUCGCAGGCAGAGUCCGCUCCCUCUACAGGGUACAGCUGUAGGGAGACUGGGGCUGUCAGAGGAGGAGGCCAAGGAGCAGAUGGAGAACGACACCGUGGAGUUGGUGAGAGAGCUGGUUACCAUGCCGUCCAGAGACAGAGUCAAAGCUGUACGAGGCCUUCCUGUAAGUCUGGGGGAGCGCCGAAACAUCAGGUGCCGUGUCUUAGCAGAGAAGUUCUCCAGGACGAGUCUAGAGAGAACAAGCUGCACUGACUGUUGGGAGCAGAUCUCACUGUCUGUUCGUAGGUGCAGCAGUGUGGUGUUUUUCAGACAGUCUCUCUCUCUGUGGCGCGGUUCUCUGAGGGAGAUCAGUGGAAGGUUUGGUUCUGCUGUCCUCUGCUACUUCCUGUUUCUAAGAUGGCUGCUCCUCUUCAACCUCCUCUCCUCCCUCCUCAACCUCUCCUUCAUCACGUUGCCGUGGGCGAUGCUUAGCACCGACACUCAGGGCGCCGGGGCAACUGCCGGGUUCAGGGGACUGGAGCUCCUCACUGGAGUGGGGUGGUUCAACGUGUCCAUGCUGUACUAUGGUGUCUACAGCAGUAACAGUGUGCUGUCCAGUUAUAACAUCCAGCUAGCUUACCUCUUUACCAUCACCUCCUACAUGCUGCUCUGUGGAGCCUCAGUCAUAUACAGCAUGGCAGGGUGUCUCCAGACUGGUGUUGUGGCGUCAGGUGGAGCAGCUCAGAGACGUGGCUCUCUGUCUGGAAGAGGAGAUGACUACUGGAGACUGUUGUGUAGCUGGGACUUCUCUCUGCUGCACCACGCGGACAUACACACACACAGGACCAACCUGCUGGUA